AUGCCUCCCAAGUCGAAAGGAGCCGGGGACAAAAACCUGAAGAGCAAGUCCCCGGCGGAGUUCUUCCAGGACAACAAGGGCAUCGCGGGUUUCGAGAACGCGGGUAAGUCGUUGUACACCACUCUGCGUGAGUUCAUCGAGAACUCCCUGGACUCGGCGGAGAGCAUCGGGGUGCUGCCCGACGUGGACAUCGCGGUCGAGGAGGUGACGCUGAGUCAGUAUGAGGAUCUCAUCGGGCUCAAGGCGCACGUUCGCAAGGACAGCGCGUUGUACGCAGACAUCGAAACCGACAAGGAGAAGCAGAAGAGGCUCAAGGAGGAAGCCAAAGCAGCGGCAAAGGCGGCGAAGGGCGGGAAGGGCGACGCGGGAGGGGGCGGGAGGAAGGGAGGUGCCAAAUCGUUCUUCCGCAUCACCGUCAAGGACAACGGCAAGGGGAUGGCGCACGACGACAUCCCGAACAUGCUCGGGCGCGUGUUGUCGGGUACCAAGUACGGUGUGAGGCAGACGAGAGGUAAGUUCGGCUUGGGGUCCAAGAUGGCGCUCAUCUGGAGUAAGCAGACCACCGGUUUGCCCAUCAAGAUCACCAGCGCUCAGCCCAAGUCGAAGUUCACGUCGCGGUACGUGCUGGACAUCAACAUGGAGAAGAACGAGCCGAACGUGCACAGUGCGGAGAAGACGCCGAACGAUUCCGCGUGGCACGGCGCCGAGCUCAGCGUCAUCAUCGAGGGUAACUGGACCACGUACAGGAACAAGGUCCUGAGCUACCUCAGGCAACUCGCCAUCGUCACCCCUUACGCGCAGUUUCACUUUCGAUACGAGAGCGCGGGUGGCGACGCGAGGCAGAACGUGGACGCGACGUUCAGGCGGCGCACAGAGGUGAUGCCCGCUCCCCCAACGACCACAAAGCACCACCCCAGCGCGGCGAAGGAGAACCAGCUGCUCAUCAAGGAUCUGCUGUCGCAGACCCGGGAGAAGACCCUGCAGGCGUUUCUGAACAAGGAGUUCACGUGCAUCAGCAAGGAAUACGCGGGCCGACUCGUGGCGGAGCUGGGCAAGGGUUUCGAGCCCGGCAUGUCCCCAAAAGAAGUCAGCGAUACUCAGGGAACCAGGAUUCAGCAGUUGCUCUGCGACGCGAGGUUUGCCGAUCCCGACGGUGCAUGCCUGUCCCCGGCAGGUGAGUAUAACCUGAGGCUAGGGAUCAUGAAGGAACUUGCGCCAGACUGGAUUGCUUCGUACGUCGGGCCCGCCCUGGCGUCGCAGGGACAUCCACUGAUCGUGGAGGCUUGCGUCAGCCUCGGGGGUAAGGAUGUCAAGUCGGGAUUCAACGUGUUCAGGUUCGCGAACAGGAUCCCACUGCUGUUUGAAGCUGGGUCGGACGUGGUGACGAGGUGCGUGCAACGGUUGAACUGGGGCUCCUACAAGAUCGACAAGAACAACGACAAGAUCGGCGUCUUCGUCUCCAUCGUGAGCACUAAGAUCCCGUUCAAGGGCACCUCGAAGGAGUACAUCGGAGACGAUAACACGGAGAUUGCGGAGGCUGUCGACCGGGCCAUCCGCGGCUGCGCCACCCAGCUCAAGGGAAAAAUUGUCCGCGCGCAAGCCGCAAAGGAGCGAAAGGCGAGGAAGAAGGUCCUCACCAGGUACAUCCCCGACGUCGCCAACGCCAUCGCGAUCAUGAUUAGUGCGUCAGCGGAGGCCGCCGAGCCUCCGUCGAAGCGCUGCAAGUGGGGGCCGGGUGCCCCGUCGAACGGUGGGAAGCUCUGGCAGGUUGACCCGGUCUUUGAGGGCAAGUUGCUGGAGCAGGUGCGCAACGGGGACGUGCAGCGCUCCACCAUCGAGCGCAAGCUGAGCGACUUCGUCGAAAGAAUGGACAGCGAGCAGGCCUUGGAGCACUCGAUGCAGAAUAAGGAGGGGCUGAGCGAGACUAUGCACCUGGUGCCCACGGGUCCGGUGCACAAGUUUGCGCCCACGGUGCACCAUCCAACGUGUGCGUUCAGACUGCUGGACACGCUCUGCGCGGGCGGGUUCCUGCCCCGGGGCGAUUUGAAAUAG